CGGUCCAACAGAGAUUAUUGAAGGUUGUUUCUGAAGUUGUGAUUGACUGGAACCAAAGACCAGCAGACCUUUCCGUCCUCAUAUUCCCCGGAUUCGUUUUCUGCGAUCGAGCGCCCGAGUGGUUGCAUCUCGACGGCAGAUCAGAAGGUUUUGCAGUUGACAAGCUUACAGAUUUGAGCACCCCGAACAACGGGGUGGACCCUUUGACCUGUGGGUUCUGCUGGUACCAAGAGAAGGAGGUUCCUUUUAACCUGCAGGAGCUCUACCAAUGGCAGCGUGCUUUCCUUGACAAUGACGUGGUACUGCACAUAUGCAAGAUGCAGCGAGUGAAAUCGGCGCAAGAGGGCAUCUUGCAAGCAGCACCAAAUCCUAUAUUAUGGGACCGAGCAGCCGCGAUGGCCACUAGAAAAGUUGGCUCUUGCUUUGGUGUUUGGUGGGCAGCCGCAUCCCGCCCCUCCUCCAACCUGAGCUACUGUAGAUUACAAAUGCUGGGUGCAAAACUCCAACAAUACUUCCAUCUGCAGCAACAAACUCUGGUAGAGUUAACUCACGUCAGCAUAAGGCAUGAAGCUUUGGAAUUUGCAGAAAAAGUACUUACACUAAGAGGGCACCAUGGUACAUGUACGUGUCAAAAACAUCAAGUUCAAAACUUCGUGGCAUGCUUCCACCCAAUGAUUAGUCAACAUGAUAUCAAAUUUCAAGGUUGGGGAGAAUCAUAAUGGACUACUGUACAUAGAUGGACCUUGCUUGUGGCAGCACUAUAACUAUAUGUACAUAAAUUUGGUUCUGAUAUAUUCAUGCUAAUUUCCUAUAA